GGGGCCUGCCCGCGCGCAAGGCAGGGCGGGAAAAGAGCGGCCUGAGGCGGCCCCGGCCGGCGCGACCACUGCGAGCCAUGCCCCCUCCCCGCUGCUCCCGCUGCCCCCUCCCCUCCUCCCUCCUCCGCUCCCGCUCCCUCCAACCCUUCUGCCGCCGCUGCUUCCUCCGCGCCUUCGAAUCCGAGACCCUCCAGGCCCUCCGGAAUUCGGGAAUCUCCCCCCAACCCGGGCACGCCGUGGCCGUGGCGGCCUCGGGGGGCAAGGACUCGACGGUGCUGGCGCAUCUGCUGGUGCGGCUGAACCGUGAGCGCGCGCUGGGGCUGCGCCUGGCGCUGCUGGGCGUGGACGAGGGCAUCGGGGGGUACCGGGACGAGGCCCUGGCGGUGCUCAGGGGGGUGGGGGCGGCGCUGCCCCUGCCCCUGGUGCUGGUGUCCCACCGGGAGCUCUUCGGGUGGGCGCUGGACGAGCUGGGGCCGGCGCUGGGCGGGCGCAGCCGCUGCACCGUGUGCGGGGUGUUCCGGAGGCAGGCCAUGGAGAGGGCGGCCAGAGAGAUGGGGGCGGAUUGGAUCGCUACUGGCCACAACGCCGACGACGUGGCCGAGACGGUGCUGAUGAAUUUCCUGCGGGGCGACGUGGCCCGGCUGCGGCGCGCGGCCAACGAGGCCUCGGGGGCCACCAACGGCACCGGGGCCACCAACGAGGCCUCCAGUGCCACCCUGGCUACCAACGAGGUCACCAUGGCCACCAACGAGGCCUCCAGUGCCACCAUGGCCACCAACGAGGUCACUGUGGCCACCAACGAGGCCUCGGGGGCCACCAACGGCACCGGGGCCACCAACGAGGUCACUGUGGCCACCGGGGCAACAGAAUUUUUGGCAAACUCAACGGAUUUUUUGGAAAACCGAACAAAAUCCAACCGAAACCCAAUGGAAUGGUUGGAAAACUCAAUGGAACCCAAGGAGAACUCAACAGAACCCAACGAGAACUCAACAGAACCCAACGAGAACCCAACGAAACUCAACGAUGACGCAACGGAACCCAACGAAAAUCCAACAGAACCCAAUGAAAACCUAAUGAAACUCAAUGAGAAGCCAACAAAACCCAAUGAAAACUCAACAAAACCUUUGGAAAACUCAAUGAAACCAAACAAAAACCCAACAAAACCCAACGAGAACCCAAUGAAACCCAACGAGAACUCAACAAAACUCAAUGAGAACCCAAUGAAACUCAAUGAGAACUCAACAAAACUCUUGGAAAACUCAACAAAACCCAACAAGAACUCAACAAAACCCAACAAGAACUCAACAAAACCCAACGAGAACUCAACAAAACCCAACGAGAACUCAACAAAACCCAACGAGAACCAAACAAAACCCAACAAAACCUCAACGAAACCCAACAAGAACCCAACAAAACCCAACAAGAACCCAACAGAACCCACCAAGACCCCGACAGAACCCAACGACCGCCCCAGGAAAGCCGCCAAGCCCCGGGGCAGCCCCGAGCCGGCGGUGCCGCGGCUGAAGCCGCUGCGGCACGCGGCGCAGAAGGAGAUCGUGCUCUACGCCCACUUCCGGGGGCUGCCCUACGCCAGCGCCGAGUGCCGGCACGCGCCCCUGGCCUUCCGCGGCCACCCGCGGGCGCUGCUCAAGGACCUGGAGGCCUCGCGGCCGGCGGCCGUGGCCGCGCUGGCCCACUCGGGCCGGCGGCUGGCCCUGGGCGCGGCGCCAGGGGCGGGGGCGGCGCCGGGGGCCUGCGGGCGCUGCGGGGCCGUGGCCAGCGGGGAGCUGUGCAUGGCCUGCGUCCUGCUGGCCGCGCUGGACAAGGGCCGGCCCAAGCUGGCCUUGGGCAAGCGCGGGCUCAGGGUGGCUACCGAGGGGUGA